CCCCGUCUAGUCUAGUCUAGUGUCUAGCAGCCGAGAACAGAGCACCAUCGAGGGGUCUAGCUGGCUGUCAACAGAGCUCCAACGGCAGUCAUGGCGGCUCCGUUAGCCCACUUCGAUGAGGACUGGCAGGAUUUUAACGAAUUCAAGCCGUCCUCGGCGUCGGCCGACCAGCUGGACCAGCUGAACUCAAACGUGAGCGAUCCUUCGUCGGGCCUAGACGAUUUCUCAGACCUGGACAACAGUUUCUCCGGCGAGAUCUGCAGCUUCAAAUCGAUGGAGGACCUCGUCCACGACUUUGACGAGAAGCUGACAGUGUGUUUCCGAAACUACAACAGCACGACAGAAAACAUAGCCCCCAUUAAACCUAUCACAGAAGAAAGUUACUUGAAACACGACGAAGUUUGGAACGCUCUGACAGAUAAUUAUGGCAACGUGAUGGCUGUGGACUGGAAGACAUCGCACACCCGCUCCCUACACCUGCCCACCCUCAACAUCACUGAGCAUGAGAAGUUGGAUAACCAAUCUCUGGAUCUGUCUGACGACGAGGAGCUCAGGGAGCAGAUGGACAUGCACUCAAUCAUCGUCUCCAGCAUCAACGAUGAGCCGCUCUUCACAGCCGAACAGGUGAUUGAGGAGAUAGAGGAGAUGAUGCAGGAGUCUCCAGACCCAGAGGACGAUGAGAGUCCCUCACAGUCUGACCUGUCCAUGCUCUCUCAGGACCUCCACCCCCUGAAACACUCCGGCUCCAACACCAGCUACGAGGACAGGCUGCGUCAGCUGUCUGUGUCUGAACUAACCGAGACUCUGGAGGAAGUGGAGACGGCCAUCCGCCGCUACAGCGAGGAGCUGAUCCAGGCUCUGGCCCUGCGAGACGAACUCGACUAUGAAAAGGAGGUGAAGAACAGCUUCAUCUCGCUGUUGAUCGACGUGCAGAACAGACAGAAGGAGCACCGCGAGCUGCUGCGGAAGAAGAAGAAAAUCCGAAGUAUGACUACAAGCGGGCCCAACGGCCAGAGGACCGCCAGCACGCACAUACCAGGCACGCGCCUCACUCUGGAGGGACUCUCCAAUGUCAUUCAAAAUGGCCUCCGUCAAACUUUUGGCAACACAGGAGGGGACAAACAGUACCUAACCACAGUAAUCCCUUAUGAGAAGAAAGCUGGCUCCCCGGUGGUAGAAGACCUCCAAAUCCUCACAAAGAUCCUCCACGCCAUGAGGGAUGACAGCGAGAAGGUUCCUGCCCUCCUAACAGACUACAUUCUCAAAGUCCUUUGUCCCACGUAAAGCCAGAGGAAUGCCUCCUGUUUCCAGAACCACUCCUUGGACCAUCAGAAGAGGGUUCUGGUAAUCUGGAAGAAGCUAGAUAAUCGAUUCAAAAUCUUCCUUUCUCCUCCUCCUUUUUUUUUUUUUUUUUUUGUCAAACCAUAGACUUUCUUUCCUUGUGGCAUUUUUCUUUUUAAACUCUGCCACUCUUGUUCUUAAAGUUUUAACUCUAGAUAUAACUCCUUGGUCUGUAUAGUUCUUUUCAUAUGUAUUGUUUUAAUUUUUAAAUGCCUGAGCGAUACAACCCCUUUAAAUCCUGACUGCAUGAUGACUUGUCCAUGGAUGCCAUUAAUCAAUAUUAGUCUGAACACCUCACUUCCUGAUUAGCCCGUGGCUUUUGAAUUGAGAAGGGGCAGGUGUAAUUUAAUUCCAUUGGCUUCAUACGCAGGCCUGUUUGAGGGAAACACAGUCCAGUAUUGUAUAUCAAAUGCAUUUGCGUCAGCGUAGCUCAUGCCUGACGGGGGAAAAACAAAUCCUGGGGAGAUCCAGGCCAGGUAUUGAGCGUUAAUCCCGUGUUUCCUGUGUGAAAUCCUUGGCUUUAAUGGCAUUUUGAUUGAUUGCAUUUAAUGUCUCGGGGGUUGCUAAAGAUUAAAGAGCAAACCCUUUCAUUUUAAAACCGUAGGUUUACCCUUCUUGGCAUGUUGGUUUUGGGUCAAUGCUCAAUUUUGGCUGUUAGUUGAAUGUUAAAAUGAAAUAUUUUGUAUACGAAUAAGAGGAAUUGCUCUUUGGAACCUUUUAUUUUUUGAAAAAGGGAAAAAUGACUUAAGAAGUUAAUAGCUGGAUGAACAAAUAUAUAAAGCAUAUUUUUGGAGAAGGAAUUGUUUUUAGUGAGAUUAGGGACUUGCCAGUAGCCUCCUUUUGUGACCACACUGCAACAUUGAUUUGUAAAUGCUGUCCAUCGACCUCUGAGCCCUCAAAUAGUGACCACCACCCACACCAACUUUAUCACUUCCCCAGGAAUCGUCAUUACAUGAGUCUGAAAUACCUCCUAUAACAUAUUUGCAUUAGUAGAAAAUGACCCAACUUGUCGUAUCAUUAGGAGAAAUAUUGUCAAUAAGAUUCUGAUAGGUUUGGUAAUUUUGCAGUUAAGCUUCUGUUAUUAGUUCUGGGGUUUUGUGUUUAUUAACCCUUUAAACUGUUGUGGUAGCACUUUAGUCUGUCAGUGAUGUGGUUAUGUAGUAGUGGAUAAUGUGGGUGAUACUUAAGACUACGUCCCACUAGGUUAGUGUUGGAUGAGUCUUAUCUUAACUGUAGAUAGUGGUGCCAGAACUCGUCCGCAUGUGGAAUCCAUCUAUUCACCUUAUUAAUCAUCGUGAGCAUGAGAAUUUUAACCACUUUAAAGGGGUACUCCGCUGUAUUUACACAUUACAUUCCGUUUACACGUCACACAGAUUACCGCCCAGCCUGUAAAGCGGUUGUGUGAUGUCGUCUGCAGCUCCGGAGAAGUUUUUUUUCAAACUUGAGAAGUUGACCCUGAUGAUGUCAUUGGCUUUAGCUUGAGACUACACAUUUAUAACUGAAAGCCUGUUGUUACAAACUCAGUGCAAGGUGUUUUGAAUAGAUGUGGGUCAAAUGAAAAAUACACACUGUCGAGUUGCAUUAUGGGAAUUUUAGGAUCCAGGGUUUUUGGAGCUUGACGCAAACUAGAGACUAAAACUUCAGCCUCUUCGACCUCGACCAGUGACCUUUUUUUUUGUCUCUUGCCUCCAUGGUAGUGCAAUACAAAAUCACUAGAGCACCACUUUAAAAGCUGGUUCCUCCAGUCUAGCACCGCAGGUCUGUUGGCACACUAAAGGUUCCAAUCACCAGCUACUACAGGUGCACCACACACUGUCAGAUCAGGUCUAGUCUAGCUCUCAGGUACGGUCAUCAGUGUUAGUAGUCUAAAAUCUUAUUCUGAAAGGUACUGACAUUCCUGAGUCUUUGUAUGUUUCUGGCAACAAUUGUAUUAGCUAGACUUCAACUUUGCUGCACUCUUAUCUUUUCAUAAAUGUCUCUACAUACCUGGACGAGCCAGUGGAGGCAAUCACGGUAGCCUCUUGAUUAAACCAGGGAAGCAUUACAGAUGUUGAUUAUGUUGUGAUGUGAUGUGUUGAAACACAAUUUUUUGUUUAAAGUCCUAGACUCUGAUUAGUUGUGUAGUUAGCAAUUAAACGGCACAGUAGCAUCCGCUUGGUGUAGCAGUCUUGACGAUAGCAUAGAUGCAGUUGUAACAGCUACCUUGAAAAAGGCAUGUCUCAAAAGAAAAGGCGAUAGGAAGGUGACGAAGGGGUGUGAUAAAGUUAAUGGAUGUUGGGUAAGAUUGCACAAAGGGUUGCUUAAAUUUUAGGGGCCCAUUUUAUUCUUUUUAGAGGAGACAAAAGCUUUUAGCUCUAUAAUGACUGUUUUAUAUGUAACUGUUGUUUCUACUGUUGCCAGCUUUGCAAACAUUCACAACCUGGCAUGUGCUACAUGCACUUUACUGCUGCAAACACAUUUUUAAUAAUGAUUAAUUUGUUGUUUACAGACAUAUUAAUAUCACACUAAAAGGGACAAGUGCAUGUCGCAAUGAAAUGCAGAAAAACUCAAAGCAAAUAAGCAUUACAUUUAUACUGUUAAGAAGAUCUCAAAAAGGGCAAAGUUACACAUCCAAAGUUGUGUGGCCGUGAAACACACGAGCCACUUAGAGGAAAAACAUCCCUGAUCAGUCCUAAUCUUACAAAAGCUUAUAUAAUCUUUUUAGUUUUAUAAGGAGAUGGCGGUCAGCGUGGAAGUCACUGGAGGAUCUGGCUCUCGUCUCAGGCCAGAACCCCUCGUCUGGUCUCUUAUUAGCGACAUAUCAGUGUAACGACAAUUUACAGAUUUAUAUUUAUAUAUGUACAUCAAAACAAGCAACAGAAAAAGCGGCUGCCUUUGUAAAUCCCUGAAAUAUUUUUUACAUUAAAACCAUCUUCUUUUUAAUUUUUAAUGCAAUAUAAUUCCUCAGUUUGGGGUUUUAUGUUUACUGUCUCAUGUGGUACUGCAGUAUAUUAAUUUAUUAUGUAAAUGUUCAGUUUUGUAACCAUGUUAUUGACUGUAAUGGUGCACGUGUUUGUGCCCACAUUGCUACUCAUUUCAAAUAAAUGACUACGUAAAGA